AUCAAAUCCCUAACCUGCCUCGCGUACCUCUAUUCGUUUUUCUCUACACCAAUACAAAGCCACAACCCUCCAAGCAGCGCAGCUCGUCGGCGUUCGUAAACGGAGAUAGAAACCGGUUGUCUGGGUUCUCCUUCAACGUUCUUAGAGCUCGUUUUCAACUCCGAUUCUUUCUCAGCGCAAAGAUGUCUAGCACUAAGAGAAUAGUCCGAGCAUGGAAUGGAAGUGUUGUGGAAUCCAAUUGCAUGGAGGAGUUCUCUGCUGGUGUCUCCCGCUAUGCUAAUGCAAUGGAUGUUAUGGGUGUUUCAUUUCAGAAGUUUUAUAUUGAAUUAGCUGAAGUUGAGUCACGCGCAGUCUCUGCUAAGAAGCGUCCUCGUUCUUUGGAGGGGCGUCUUCGUUCUCUGGAGGAAAGUCUUUGUUCUUUGGAGACGCUUCUUCGAUCCGCGGAUGAGCUUUAUCGUUCUUUUGAGGAGCGUCUUCGUUCCACAGAGGAGUGUCUUCGUUCCACAGAGGAGCUUGCUCGUUCCACAGUGGAGCUUGCUCGUUCUGCGGAGGAGCGUGCUCGUUCUGCGGAGGAACGUGCUCGUUCUGCGGAGGAGCAUGCUCGUUCUGCGGAGGAGCUUGUUAAAACAAUUGAUUCAGAGCUUCUUCAGGUGCAGGCAAAAGUCGGAAAGGCAACACUUUUUUUAAUGCGAGAGCCCAAGUAAUUUAAAAAAUGAACGGAGAGAGGGAGCGACGAUAGGUGUUUAUAUUGUUGAUAUUAUUACUGGUGGGAUUGCUUACUUUUAAUAUUGUUUGUGGAUUGUUUAUUUUUUAUACUGUUUGGGGAUUGCUUAACGUUGAUACUGUUUGGUGAGUAGAUGAAAAAUUAAGAGCAAUAUCUCAUUUUUUUCCCA